GUUUACUAUACAAGGUUCACACGUGAUUAUUAUGUUAUUAACAUAUAAUUUAUAUUUGCAUAAAAAUAAUUUAUUAUGUACAUUAUUUUCAUUUCUGUCAUUUGCGUGGUCUUAAAAAAUUCAUAUUGUGUUAAUUAUUACGCCGGAUUUACCUUUAAUUAUUCCGACAUCGACUCCCAUGUGCCAAUACUCGGUUCUUUCUACAAUAAGUUAUAUUUCUUUUAUUCCAACACCUUGGUGAAUAAUGGAGAAAAGAAAUUUGACUACACAUACCACCAAUUGGACAAUAUACACUCCGGAUUGUCAUUGUUUACUGAUUCUGUGUAUGAUUUAGAUAAGAUUCCUGGUAGUACAAAGAAUAAACACUUGCUAGGAACCUUGGAAUCAUGGUGUUACACAUUAACAUUAUUCUUAUUCUAUCCCAAGUUUUCAAACGACAUCGCAUACAAGGAUGGUAAUGUAUAUAAUCACCUGUUUGACAGGUGUAUGAAUUUAAACAGCAAUUUUACAAAUUAUAGGAAGGAUUUCGAUUUCGUAGAGUUUUUAAAUAAUACAGACACUAAACUUGAUGACAUUUAUUUAUUCGAGAAGUUCUCUCGAAUGUGCCCUAGGCCGUGUUACUUGGAUAAAGAUAAGCUGGGAAAUUGUAACCCUAGUUCAAAAUUUUCUGACCUUGAGCUGCUAAAUGAGUUUGUUUCAAACCCGAAAUGUUAUAUUAACGAUUUUUUAUCCUACGAAUGUAUUCCAUACUCUUUCCUUAAGAGGAAAACGGUAAACUCAUUUAAGUCUCUGUUGAACCCAGACUCUAAUAUUCACGUUUAUUCAAACAAGUAUUCUUAUUUGUACAUGCCAAAGAGAGAUGAGCUCCAGCUUUCAAUGGAUGACUUAUCGUAUCAAAUGUUUCUGAAACUUGUGAGAAACUGUAACACCAAAAACUGUAUUGAAAUCAAGGAUCUUUUCACUACAAUGACACUAAAAAAUUUUAUGGUAAAGUUUCUGGUUGGAGAAAUUGACUUGAAUUCUAAAAAUCCUAAUGAAAAGUUCAAAAUUUCAUUUGGUUUAACAUUCUACGUAGACGAAUUUAGAUCUAAGAAUGUUAACCACGUCUUUGAUUUUCUCAUCAAAAAUGUCGAUUUUGACGUUCUUUAUGAUGUUCUUCUGGGACCACAACCUUUACAAGUGAAUAAUGAAGAAAAUGAAAAGCCCCCCGAGGAAAAGCCCAAAUCAUUCAAGGAAAGAUAUAAUAAAUACAUACACGAUAAACUUAACAAAAAAGUAAUAGAGACAAAACCUAAACCACCAAUCUCAGAUUUUUUCUCUAAUAAAUUUGAAUUUCUGAACAUGACUGGCUACGGCCAACACAGAGAAGUUACCUUCUCAAUGGAACUGAACACUGAACUUUUGAAAAGGUUAAAGCCAAUUAAUUCAAAGUACUACUUUAAACUCACACACAUGCUUGAUACAAGUGUUUACAUAGACAAUGAUGAACUUCACGGAUUAUUUAACCUUCUUAAAGAUGAAGUUGACGCACUUGACCUACCCACUAAUCAUGUUUUGGAGGAAAACGGAGUUGGUAAAGUUGUUUUAAAGGCCCUUAAGACUCCAUUCAUUGAUAUUGAGCAGCCUGAGAUGAACUCAUCCCCUGUAAUUUAUAACGGGUACGUCGUUCUGGACGAAUCUGUUUUGAAUUUAAGGAGGCUUACCAUUACUCUUACCCUAAACUUACACACGAGAUACAUGCAUAUGAUAAAGGCCACAACCCCCGAACUGUUUAAAGUUGACAAUUUUAGGAUUCUAAGGAACCAAAUAGGCACAGAUUACUCAUUAUCCAUAAUUUCCCAGCCCAAACUAUACAUUUUGAAUCCCUUUACCCCCUUUGAGAAUGUGUCUCUCCAUAGAUCCUAUUUAAGGUACCUGAGAUUCCUAAGGGAUAUAUCGUUCACAAGGUUUUCCAGCUCUGACAAUGGAAAUAAAGAGAAUGGAUUAAAUCAGCCUGAGAACACUUGGGUUCCAGUUUUUUUCACCCAGUGUAAUAACGUUGGAGUCUCUGCUAAACUAUGCCAAGGAUACAGAACAGGUCUGGCAAUUUCAACGAAGGUUAUAAACACAUUCUUUUGCAAUCCUAUAAUAAGGGAGAUAGGAGGAGAUGUCAUUGACUCAAGCUGUUACAUGUUUUUUUCAGUUCCAGUUGGGAAUCAAAAUGAAUACCCCUUCAUAAAAAACGUGACUCUCUUCACCUUGCUGGUAUCCUGCAUAGGAUCUCUGAUCAUGGUACUGAGGUACAUAGAUGAAACUCUUAAAAAUGCAGAAUAUACGACUAAAUAAGGCGCAGUUUAAAGAAUAAACUUGUAUAGAUACA